GUUGUGUACCUAAUUUAACUAAACCCACAGACAACGUACUAACUAAAAAGAGAGGCCAGAAGAAAUGGCAUUUCAUACUCAUGUGCUUUUACCAGUUCUCUGGGUUCUAGUUAUCAUGAUUUCAUCAGGAGCCAAAGUGUCCGAGUCCGCAAGAAUCUUCACCAUUAUAAACAACUGCAAGGAGACAAUCUGGCCGGGAGUUACGCCAGGGGCAAGUUUCAACGGAGGCGGUUUUGAGCUGAAACAAGGCCAGUCCGUAGUUUUCAAAGCUCCGGUAGGCUGGGUCGGCCGGAUUUGGGGUCGGACGGGCUGCAACUUCGACAAGAACGGCAAGGGAUCAUGCCAGACCGGAGCCUGCGGUUCUUCCCUCAAGUGCACGGCCUCCGGAAAGCCCCCAGCUUCCCUAGCGGAAUUCACCCUCGCAGCACUCGACUAUUACGAUGUCAGUCUCGUGGACGGCUUCAACUUGCCGGUAGUCAUCACGCCCUUACACGGCAGUGGAAACUGCAGCAUUGCCGGUUGUGACGGCGAUUUGAGGACGGAAUGCCCGUCGGAGCUGGCAGUGAAGGCCAAUGGUAAGGUCGUGUCGUGCCGGAGCGCAUGCGAUGUGUUCAACACGGACGAGUACUGUUGCAGAGGGGUUUUUGGGAACCCAGUGACUUGUCAACCGACGUAUUAUUCGAAGAAGUUCAAGGCAGUCUGCCCUACUGCUUAUAGCUAUGCAUAUGACGAUCCCACCAGCAUAUUUACGUGCUCUGGGACGGACUAUGUCGUCGCUUUCUGCUCAUCCAGGAAUCAACCAGUGUGCACAUAUCAUAACAACAGGCUGGUCUGCAACGAAUCAAAAGGUUCCAAAUCGUCGGAUGAGAGAUGGUGGUCUCUAAUUCUUGCUUCCAUGUUGGCUGUUAAUUACUUAUAAUAUUGGACUAUUAGUUUUUUUUUUUU